AACGACAAAGAUACGUGUUCUGUCUUUCUCUACUACACGUAUAUUUUGCGCUGUCAACUCCACUCAACACCCGCAUAAACAAAAAUCACAUUCAAGAAUCCCAUAACAGAGUGCGGCAGAAUAGCAGAAUAGUUGAUAUUGCAGAUACCCUUUUGCUUAUUCUCUUCAUUUUGGGUUUUUGAAAGUUCUGUCGAGGGGUUGUGAGCUGGUGAAGAUACUUGUGAGUGGAAAUCUUAAGUGGUGAAGGUACUUGCUAGCGGAAAUCUUAACUUCUGUUUUAAUUUAGGCAGCAUGGACCACGAUACACUUGGAGCUUCACAAGCUGCAGCUAAGAGUGUAGGCAUUGAGUCCUAUAGAAAAAUGCAGCAGGCUUCUGUGAAAGAGACAUCUGAAGUGAAUCAAGGUCAAGGUGGUAAAAACGUUGCAGCUUAUGUGGCCCCAGCACAUGAGAAAUCUCAUGGCGAUGUAAACAUGGAAGCAGAUAUCACUAUGGAUGACGUAAUAAGAGCCGGAGGUCUAGGAGCAAGAGACGAUUUAAAUAGUGUUCUUCCUGUGGCAGCUGAUACCACCGACUUUGAAGCUUCUAUUCGUGAUGCGUGGGACUACGAAGGGCAACGUGAAAGCAUUACUCGACCAGGCCUUGGCUGGACAGAACCUGCAAAGAAAUAGAUCUAACCAUUGUACAACUUAAGGUGGACUUCCAAGGUGUUCUCCAGUUUACUGGCACUCUUAAACUCUCAGUUCUUCUUCUGUUGAUUGAACGUUCCCUUAUGUGUCUUAUGGUUCUUCAUGAAAUAAAUCAUAUCCCCAUGAAUGAAAUUAAUUAUA